AUGCGCGGGGACCAAACAUCUGUACGACGACGUGCUGACGGGAGCGACGACGAUCCUGAGGAGCGACCUGCUGUACGACUGCGGGCAGAGCCUGAACCCGGCGGUGGACCUCGGCCAGAUUGUUUGUCGCGUGAUCUGAUCUUAACUGUUUUUAUCUGUCCAACACUCUCUCAGGUGGUGGGGUCGUUCGUGCAAGGCGUGGGCUUCUUCACGAACGAGGAGUACGCGACGAACGCGGACGGGAUGGUGAUCAACGACGGCACGUGGACCUACAAGAUCCCCACCGUGGACACCAUCCCCAAGCACCUCAACGUGGAGCUCAUCAACAGCGCGCGCGACCGCAAGCGGGUGCUCUCCUCCAAGGCCUCCGGCGAGCCGCCGCUGCUGCUGGCCGCCUCCGUGCACUGCGCCAUGCGGGAGGCCAUCCGGGCCGCCAGGACCCAGUUCUCCGCCGACUCGCCGCUCACGUUCCAGAUGGACGUGCCCGCCACCAUGGCCCACGUCAAGGACCUCUGCGGCCUCGACGUCGUCGAGAGGCACCUACACAGCCUCUCCGCCGCCGCCGCCGCCCCGGCCAAGGCGUGA